AUGACGAUGGUCAUUGAGAACCAGAACCGCCAGUACGGCGGCAUGGGCUUCGAUCACGUCUAUCAUAACAAUAUGCCUCACAGCCAGACUCCCCAGUUCACAGAUCCGUGGUCUCACUCCUCCUCGCACUCGACUCCUCCCGUCUACACCUCAACCUCCAUGGGCAGCAGUCAACUGGCCUUGAAUCCCAUUAAGCACGGAGAUGUCAACCGCCCGUCCGCCAUCUCCAUGCCCUACUCGAGCAUUCCCGUGUCCGCCCCGUCGCUUGUUGCCGGCAGCAACUACUCAACCUCCGCUCCGUACGGAGCAUCCGAGAUGAUCAAUAUGCCACAUGAACUCCCUCGCUCAACCAUCGACGGUGCUCCCUCCUACACCGCUGCCGCCCCGAUCGGCGGUUUCACCCCUGCCAACUACCCAACCAUGAACUAUGGCCACGGCAUUCAAGAUGGCCGUCGCAUAUCUCAUCCCAAUGAUGCCCGUGUCUCUCAACCUGCUGCUACCUACAGUGACGCGAUCGAUGCUAGCCGCGGAAUGGUCGCAUUGAGCCAGGACUUGACACCGCGCAACAUCUACGCUCCUCGAAACUCGCGGGGCUCUACGGACUCAUACGGCUUCCCAUCCACCCACUCCUCGGUCUCGUCCAUGUCUUCUACAGGAAACUAUCCCUACUACAGCGCCUCGGUUGCAUCAGUCGACUCAUCAGUUACAGACUACAGCUCCACUUCCGAGUCGUACGAUGGUCUUCCGUCGCGAACCCUGCCUCGCCCAAAUACUCUUCUCGGCGCCGCUGCUCCUGCCGGCCCUCAGUCGAUGAUGAGCCAAUUCAGCUCCAAGAUGCCAUCCAACGCGCAAAAGAAGCAUAAGUGCAAGGUUUGCGACAAGCGCUUCACGCGCCCAUCAUCUCUUCAGACUCACAUGUAUAGCCAUACUGGUGAAAAGCCAUACGCAUGCGACGUUGAAGGCUGUGGUCGCCACUUUUCCGUUGUUUCCAACCUGCGACGGCAUAAAAAGGUGCACAAGGGAGAAAAGGAAACCGGCUCUGGCGAAGACGAAGAGUAA